AAAAGGUGAUUGAAACCAACCCUAAGCUCUUCUAAUCUUCGCUCUAUUGGUAGCCCCGAUUAUUGCUGACUUAAGCAUCGGAGUGUCUACCCCGAGAUCCAUCUCGGGGCUUUGCAGGUCAACCCAGAGUGCAGAUACGGAGUGAAGAAGAACGACUGGUUUGGUGCAGUUACAUUUUGGCGCCGUCUGUGGGAAACUGAACUAAAGGCUCCCUUGUUGCUCUUAUCAUGGUUAAAACUAGGUCAGCCCGAGGGGGAAACUCGUCUCAGCCUCUUGGACGAGGUCAGGCCCCCAGCAACCUUCCACCUCACCCCCCACCCCCAAUCCCGAAUACAUCCCCUCAUGUUCACCAUACCAAAGGAUGGGAUGAAAAUCAACCACACAAUUCGAUUAACAACUCAGCCUCUACUGCUAACCAAGACGUAGUUGCAACUCAGCUCGCUGCCAUGCAACAGCAAUUUGGUGUUUUUCAGCUAGUGCUGGCUCAGUUAUUAGCCCGGAACAAUCCUGGUGAUCCACUCAUCAACCUACUUAAUCCUGCUCCACAGCCUCCAGCCCCACCACAAAAUCCUGACCCAGUUCAACAUGCUCCCGCUGUUAGUGAAUCUCAGGGCCAAUCUCACAUCGCACCAGUUAUGCAACCCCCUCAUGAUGAUGUCACUCGACGUUUAGAUAGCUUAGAAAAGCUAAUGGUCGAACAGCGAGGUGUCCCACCUCCACACCCUGCUGCUGACUCCGUACCUCACCCUCUCAACACCAAUAUUAUACUGGAACCCUAUCCCGCUGGCUUCCGAAUACCCCAGCUUGAAACUUAUGAUGGGACGAAGGACCCCGAUGAUCUUCUACAUGCUUUCUACUAUUGCAUGCAAGCCCAGAACGCCUCUGAUGCGUUGAUGUGCAAAAUCUUUCCCUCUACUCUCCGAGGUAAUGCUCGAACCUGGUACUACAGUCUGCCUCCGCGGUCAAUCAACUCGUACACAGAACUGGCAUCUGCUUUUGCCACAAAGUUUUCCAGUAGAAGGUUGAUCAGGAAAACCACUUCCGAGCUGAUGCGAGUUAAGCAGAGGGACGGAGAGUCUUUGAAGAAUUUUAUAAGCAGAUUCAAUGAUGCAGUGCUAGAGGUUAACUCUUUCGACCAAGCAGUGAGAAUUACAGCUGUGAUCUCGGGUCUCGGCCAUGAAAGAUUCAGAGAUAGUCUACUUAAACAUCCUGCCACCACCUUCAGUGAGGUAAAUGAUAGAUCAUUGAAAUUCAUAACUGCUGAGGAAUAUGCCCUGUCGCAGAACAUCACCCCUGUUAAGAAUCAACACCCAGACUGGAGAGAUGAGAAUCCGAACAGGAAACGGAUGAAGACACCACAGAACCGAGGUCCGAUGUCGACUUCCACCUUGAGACUCGGAAGGCCGAACUCCGCACCUCCGCAACAACCUGCAGGCAAACCUCCAGUUAAUUGGACUCCUUUUAAUUUAUCGAGGUCACAAAUCUUUAUGCAGGUUAAGAAUAAGAUGGACUUAAGACGUCUGGGUCCAAUGAGAGCUGCUGCUGCUACCAGAGACCAUACUAGGUACUGUGAUUUUUAUCAGGAUCAUGGUCAUACAACAGAGCAAUGUAAUAGCCUGAGGUCCGAAUUGGAAAGUUUGGCACAGAAAGGAAUGUUGAAUGAGUACAUCCAGAGAGCGGAACAACCAAGGUUUGUCAGAGAACAAGGGCCACAGCAUCAAGCAAUCCGCAAUCCCCCAAACAGACAAGGUGUGGGAUAUCAGCAAGCCCCACCCCAACUACCACCACCAGCUAGAGUCAUACACAUGAUUACGGGAGGUCUGGAAGCUGGUGGAUUGAGCUCUAAGCAGCGAAAGCUGUAUGUCAGAGAGGUUAAGCAUCAGAACCGAACUCAGAAGCGAAAAUUUGACGAUGCUAAGUGGAAGAAUCAACCCAUCACUUUCACAUCUGUUGAUCUCGAAACAAUUGUCACACAUCACAAUGAUCCUCUAGUCACUUCUAUCACGAUCAACAAUUGUGAAGUGCAGCGUGUCCUUGUUGACACAGGAAGUGCACCAGACAUCAUGUACUUCCAUUGUUUUGAGAGUCUUGGGUUAGAUCCCGCUCUGUUGCAACGGUAUGAUGGUCCCAUUUACGGGUUUAACAACCAACCAGUUCCAGUUGAAGGAAUCCUCACUAUGAAUGUUGCAUUUGGCAGUGGCCGAAGUUAUGUGACCCCUUCAGUCAGGUUUCUGGUAGUCAAGAUGGUGUCCUCAUUCAAUGUCGUCAUUGGUCAACCCACACUAACUGAAAUCCAAGCUGUGGUUUCCCAAUCUCAUCUAUGCAUGAAAUUCCCAACUCCUACGGGAAUAGCAACGCUGCGAGGCAACCAGGAGGUGGCCCGGCAUUGCUAUAUCACCUCAGUAACACAACCUCAGAAGGGCAAGACUCAGAUACCCGAGGUUGAUCCCAAACGGAUUCCUGAUGAUCGGCAAGUUAUGGGUGUUGAGAUAGUAGAUAACCGACCAGAAGAUGAAACCAGAGCUGCUCUAGUCGAAGAUGUGGAAGAGGUACAGAUUGAUGACAAAGAUCCGAGCCGGAAAACGCAAAUUGGGACUAAAUUGAACCCGGAGGAAAGAGCAGAGCUCAUAGCUUUUCUUCGGGCCAAUAAAGAUGUUUUUGCAUGGACUUCAGCAGACAUGCCGAGAAUUCCCACUUCAGUUUUUCAACAUAAACUCAGCACCAAUCCCCUCAAGAAACCAGUAACCCAGAAACGAUGCCUCUUCGGGGGGGAGAGGUUACAGGUCAUUAAAGAAGAAAUUGAGAAACUCCUACAAGCUGGUUUUGUCAGAAGGGUCGAUUACUGCGAGUGGGUCGCCAAUCCGGUGUUGGUGAAAAAAGCAAACG